AUGGCAUCCCUGGAGGAGAGUUUCCGCAAAUUCGCCAUCUACGGCGACACCAAAGCCACAGGGCAGGAGAUGAACGGGAAGAACUGGGCCAAGCUCUGCAAGGACUGCAAAGUCACCGACGGCAAAAGCGUCACCGGCACCGACGUCGACAUCGUUUUCUCCAAGGUGAAGGGGAAGACAGCCCGUGUCAUCAACUACGAGGAGUUCAAGAAGGCGCUGGAGGAGCUGGCCCCCAAGAGGUUUAAGGAUAAGAGCAAAGAGGAGGCAUAUGAAGCCAUCUGCCAGCUGGUGGCAGGGAAGGAGCCCAUUAAUGUGGGCGUCACGAAAGCCAAGACGGUGGGGGCCGUGGAGAGGCUGACAGACACCUCCAAGUACACGGGCUCGCACAAGGAGCGCUUCGACGAGAGCGGCAAGGGCAAGGGCAAGAGCGGGCGGGAGAACAUCGUGGACACC